AAGGUGCACAUAAUCGAUAUUGGUCAUUUUUCAUUAGAUUUACAUUAUGAAAAAAUUAUUACAACAUUUUUCAAGCAUUUUGGAUCAUCAGAUAUCAGAUGACUCAUUGAUACCGUGGAAUGUCCAGAUUUGCCUAUAGUCGCCCCUGAAUGGCUAAUUGCUUCCAAAUUAAUUACAUUCUCUUAAUAUUUAGCUCCGAUUAAAAAUGUUAAGAGCGUUGAAAUCAUGUUCCAGUCUGAACCGAUCCGUAUAACACGAUAAAGCAUUGUUUGCGACGCCUAAUCUACGUCUCGUCCGUGGCAUUGCUAUUAGUCUUGUUAUUUCGUUUUAGCGAUUUAAGAAAACUUUUGUAACAAUUUUUAAUUAUGUCCAUUCUAAUAUUGUUUUUAUAUUUAAGCAUUAAAUAAAAAUAAUGAAAACAUGUGAAGUAAAUACUACUACGUAUUUGUUUAUAUUUAAUUGCUGAGCAGAACGUAAAGAUAAAAUAUUAAAGUUAAAAGCACAAUACCAAUCAUGUUCAAUGUGGCAAGAUACUGUACCUCGACAAUUGGAAGAAGCAAUGCAACGAGACUUCUACCAAUUCGGCAAAAUUUACAUACGUAUAUAUCUAAGCCCAAUAGAGCAUUUCUAUUAAUGAAAAGAACUUCGGUUUAUUUACAUAAGGAUCUACUUAAACAAAGGAAUAUCAUAUCUUUAGGUUUUGCAUCAAAACCGGUCCAAAAGUCUGAUAAAAUUGUAGGAAAAUGGAUGUUAACUUGCAGCGGCAUGGUGUUCAUAGCUGUAGUUCUAGGAGGCGUAACGAGGCUUACGGAAUCUGGUUUAUCUAUGGUAACUUGGAAAUUAUUGGGCGAAAAAAUGCCUACCACCGAAACUCAAUGGCACGCAGAGUUCGAACGUUACAAACAGUUUCCAGAGUACAAAAUAAACAAUCAAAACAUAACGCUGGAAGAAUUUAAACGAAUCUGGUGGAUGGAGUAUUUGCACAGAAUGUGGGGACGUUUGAUAGGCGGUGUAUUCAUAGUUCCGGCAGCCUACUUUUGGGCCAAAGGUAUGCUGAAACCGGGAAUGAAAACCAGAGUAGUUGUUCUGGGCUCGUUGAUUGGUUUACAAGGACUUAUGGGUUGGUACAUGGUUAAAUCCGGUUUGGAAAAUCGUUUUGUGGAACCAUCGGACGUUCCUCGUGUCUCGCAGUACCGCUUAGCCGCGCAUUUGGGAAUGGCAUUCAUUAUAUAUACAGGAUUCCUGUAUAAUGCUUUGGACUACUUGAUUCCUGCCCAGAAAUUAAACUUCAAUACCACAAGUAUUAACGUUAAUGAUGUAAAACAGAAGCUGAAAAGAUUUAGAAUGUUAGUUCACUCGACGAAAGGAUUAGUUUUUCUUACUGCUAUAUCUGGAGCUUUUGUAGCGGGAAUAGACGCGGGUCUCAUUUAUAACACAUUUCCGAAAAUGGCCGAUAAAUGGUUACCGGACGAUAUACUUGCGUUUUCGCCUACAUGGAAGAAUUUUACCGAAAACCCGACCGCUGUACAGUUUGAUCACAGACUUCUGGGUAUCACUACUUUAUCGUUAAUAACUUGUAUCGGAGUAUUGUCUCGUAAUCAUAGACUUCCUGGGAACGCAAAGAAAGCAGUAGCCGCGGUCCUUUGCGCUGGCUAUUUACAAGUAUUACUAGGAAUUUCAACAUUACUGCAUCAUGUACCUAUAGCAUUAGCUGCAUCUCAUCAGUCCGGUAGUCUUCUCGUAUUAAGCACAAUGAUUUGGUUGUGUCAUGAGUUAAAGCAUUUGAAAUAUAUUGUUAAAUGAAUCAUAGAACUGUACAAUAUGUAUGCAUAAUAUUUUGUAAUUUAAUAAAACAGGAACUGAUAGAUGAAUACCGUAACGC